CACCGGUGUGGUCAGGUCAUACGGAGGUCACUGUACAAAGUAUCAUGGCAUGUCGCAGCUGAAGUUGUUUGUUGUUUUGAAAGAUUUCUGACUUCUCUGCUCUACUCCCCUGCAUCGUUCAGCAACAUGAAUGCAAUCAGAACUUUCAGACGCACAUUUAUUGGUGGGUAUAUGAAGAUUUUCGACGAAGGAUGGAGCAAGGCGAAACAACGAAUGAAAACGGCGAUAAAACCAGGACCAGGAUUCGAUAUAGGCUGGGACAAUCCCAACAUGCCCAUCAACAACUACGACAUCGUAAUAAUCGGAGGAGGUGUGAUGGGCUGGUCAACAGCCUACUGGCUCAUGCACAAGGUACCCAGGAAAGCGCGCGGGAAAAUCGGACUCAACGUUCUCGUUGUGGAGAAAGAUCCCUCUUACACCAGAGCAUCCACAGUGCUAUCUGUGGGGUCCAUCAGACAACAGUUCACCCUGCCUGAGAACAUCAACAUGUCCAUGUUCUCCUCUCACUUCAUCCGCAACAUCCGCGAGUACCUCAGUGUGUACGAGGAGGACCCACCAGACGUGCAAUUCAACCCACAGGGUUACCUGUUUUUGGCAACAGCAGAAGGGGCGGAGCAAUUGAAGCAAGCACAUGACACGCAAAUAGCACUAGGUGCCAAAGUGAGACUGUUCACCAAGAGACAACUGGAAGUCAAAUUCCCAUGGCUCAACACUGAGGGCAUUGAGUUGGGUAACUAUGGAAUGGAGAACGAAGGCUGGUUCGACCCGUGGCUGCUGCUCAUGGCACUGAAGAAGAAGGCGAUCUCGCUGGGCGUGGACCACUGUCACGGGGAGGUCACAGAUCUGAUCGUGGAGGCCAAACCUGGCGUAGUGGAGGGCAGGCUUUGUAAGAGGCUAACACAUGUAAAGGUAAAGAUGCCCAACAGCAUACAGUACCAGAAUGUCAAGGCUGGCCACUUCAUCAACACGGCUGGUCCCUGGGCUCAGGACAUAGCCAGAAUGAUCGGGAUUGGCCAGGAGGACCCCAUGGGUCUGGACUGGGAGCUACAGGCGCCGCUUCCUGUUGAGCCGCGCAAGAGGUACGUGUACGUGUUCCACUGUCCGCAGGGCCCCGGGCUGGACUGCCCCCUCAUCGUGGAUCCGUCGGGAACCUACGUCAGGAGAGAGGGGCUCGCUGGGAACUACCUGUGUGGGAAGUCACCGGAGGAGCAUGAGGAACCAGAUGCCAAACAUUUGGAAGUGGACUACGACUACUUUAACGAGACCAUUUGGCCAAAACUGGCACACAGGGUCAAAGCUUUCGAGGAAAUCAAGCUACGGAUGGCCUGGGCCGGGUACUAUGACUACAACACAGUGGAUCAGAACGCCAUUAUCGGCACACACCCCAUCUACGACAACCUCUACCUCGCCAAUGGUUUCAGCGGACACGGAAUCCAACAAGCACCGGCAGUUGGGAGAGCCGUGGCCGAACUGCUAUUGGACGGAGAAUUCAAGACACUCGAUCUCUCCAGAUUUGGUUUUGAGAGAUUUUUACGAAAUGAACCAAUCAGGGAAAAGAACAUAGUGUAGUGAUUCAGUGGACUGUCUGAACAAGUCUGUUACAUAAUAUUGAAAAAGCUGCUAAAUAA